GGCUACGGCUUUCACGAACGCGGCCCCGUUGUCGGUCACGAUCUCGGAGAGUCCGCCCCAUCGACAGAGGAUAUCCUGGAAGAUGAAAUCCGCGAUAGUCUUCGCGUUUUCGACUCGGAGCAUCCUCCACUCGACGUAGAACGAGAGCGAGCAUCGGGCUUGGAUGAUCAUCUUGAAGCCGUUAGAGACGGGGAGCAGCAUCGUGUCUAUGUAGACUCGUCCGAAAAGACAGGCGGGGAGCGCGACCGUCGGGGGCAACAGGACCUUGCGGACUUGACGGGUCUGGCAAAUGUG